UUGGCCCGGAGACUCGCUGCCGCGGCGGACAUUCUGCAGCGCAGAACAGCACUGCAGGUGGAUGGAGAGGAGCGGGAGCCGCAGCAGCAGACUGAAGCAUGCCCCAGCGCAGCCAUGACUUGCUCGGCGUCAGAUAGCGAGAAGAUCGUCAUCAACUGCGGGGGGAUCCGACACGAGACCUACCGGAGCACCCUGAAGACGCUGCCGGGCACGCGCUUGUCCUGGCUGACCGAGCCCGAUGCCUUCAGCAACUUUGAUUACGACCCGAAGUCCGACGAGUUCUUCUUCGACCGCCACCCGGCCACCUUCGCCUUCAUCCUCAACUACUACCGCACCGGGAAGCUGCACUGUCCCAGCGAUGUGUGCGGGCCGCUCUUCGAGGAGGAGCUCGCCUUCUGGGGCAUCGAUGAGACGGACGUGGAGGCAUGCUGCUGGAUGAACUACAGGCAGCACCGCGACGCGGAGGAAGCGCUGGACAGCUUCGAGACCCCGGAGCCGGACGCGCCCGAGGACGACCCGGCGCUUACCGGUUGCGCGGACGGCGAUCUGAAGCGGCUGUGCAUGCAGGAGGAUGGCCGCCGGGCGACACGGUGGCAGGUCUGGCAGCCCUGGAUGUGGGCGCUCUUCGAGGACCCCUACUCCUCCAAAUACGCCCGGUAUGUGGCGUUUGCGUCACUCUUCUUCAUCCUCCUCUCCAUCUCCACCUUCUGCCUGGAGACGCAUGAGGCCUUCAACACCAUCUACAACAAAACGGAGAACGUAACUGUGGGGAACUUCACGCACGAGGAGAUUGUGUAUGAAGUUGUCACGGAUGGUUGGCUGACGUAUGUGGAGGGCGUCUGUGUCAUCUGGUUCACCAUUGAGGUGAUGGCACGUGUCAUCUUCUGCCCUGACAAGGCCGAGUUCUUCCGCAGCGCCCUUAACAUCAUAGACUUUGUGGCCAUUGUGCCCUUUUACCUGGAGGUGGCGCUGAGUGGCCUCUCUUCCAAAACAGCCAAAGAUAUAUUGAGCUUCCUUCGUGUGGUACGUUUUGUCCGCAUCCUGCGUAUCUUCAAGCUGACCCGACAUUUUGUUGGCUUGCGGGUCCUGGGCCACACUCUGCGGGCGAGCACCAACGAGUUCUUGCUGCUGAUCAUCUUCCUGGCGCUGGGCGUCCUCAUCUUUGCGACCAUGAUCUACUACGCAGAACGAAUUGGAGCUGACCCAAACGACCCCACAGCUGCAGCCCACACUACCUUUAAGAACAUCCCAAUUGGCUUCUGGUGGGCUGUGGUGACUAUGACCACUCUGGGUUAUGGAGAUAUGUACCCGGAGACAUGGUCAGGGAUGCUGGUGGGGGCUCUGUGCGCCUUGGCAGGGGUGCUAACCAUCGCCAUGCCUGUGCCCGUCAUUGUCAACAACUUUGGCAUGUACUACUCUUUGGCCAUGGCGAAGCAGAAGCUCCCGAAGAAGCGGAACAAGCACAUUCCUAGGGCGCCUCAGCCAGGAAGUCCAAACUACUGUAAGCCAGAUGCCCUUGCAAUGGCAACCGCCUCUCCACACAGGCUCAUGGGUAACGUAAUCGGGCCGGGCAUGGUGGGAUCCGGCAGCAUGAUGGGCACCGGAGACUGUCCCCUGGCUCAGGAAGAGAUCAUUGAGAUAAACAGGGCAGACUCCAAGCAGAACGGGGAUGCAGCAGCAAGCGCAGCAGCUCUGGCCAACGAGGACUGCCCCACCAUCGACCAGGUCCUGGGAGACGAGCGCAGCCCGGCCACCGGGGGCCUGGGCUCCAACACCAGCCGUGAGCGCUACCCUCACGACCGGGCCUGCUUCCUGCUGAGUGCAGGGGAGUUCCAGCGCACCACGGACGGGAAUGUUCGCAAAGCUUCAGGUUAUGAGAAGUCGCGCAGCUUGAAUAACAUCUCCGGGUUGACAGGGGGCCCACUGCGCCUCACCCCCAUCACCAACUCCACCUUUGAGCCGCCUGCUCUCAGGCGAUGCCACUCACCUAUCCCCUCCAUCUUGUAGGAAAACACACAGAAGAGCUGAUAAUAUAUGUAUAUAUAUAUAUAUAUAAAACACUAAACAUGCAAGAAAACCUAGUGUAGGAAUCGGAAAACAUCCUCUCAUUCUUCAUGUCAUUCUUCAUGUUUUCACCUGGCAACAAAGAAUCUGAGCACUUAGAGCCAUCUCUGGAGAUCCUAGCAUUUCAUUUCUGGAGACAAGCUUAGCUUAGCUUUACCUGUUUAGCUAGAAGAGUUGCCGUAGUGUUUGGAAACUUGCUCUGACACGCCCGCCUUACUAGCAGGGAGAGUAUCUAGGUUAGUUAAGUAAUAAGCUAGUUUCUUCACCGUGUCACUUCUCACCUGUACGAACUGCACCUCUGUGGGGAAACUAUGACAGAGAUCUUUCAGAAAAUGAAGCCUCACAAUGCAUGACUAUGUUCAUGGACAACAGCGUGCGCCGCACCUACAAGAAGACUGAAAACAGCCUAAGCCCACAAUCACCCAAACGGAGGCGCCCCCCAUACCUUAAGAGGACCCUUGUAGUCUCAAACCCUGGAGCUCUUCGUGGGUUGGCUUCGUCGUCAGUGUUAAUUUAAGUGCCGAGUUCUGAGCGAACUCAGAUUGCCUCCAUGACAAGUUGGAUGGAGAAUUUAGUUUUAGACCUGCCUCCUCUCCCAGCUGCUGAUUGGCUUAAAGAAAAAGCAGAAGUCAGGCUAUAGACGGUACAACAACAGACUCACAGAGAGCUGUACGACAAAGAAAAAGACUGUCAGAGUUCAAUUAUUCAUCCUAAAAUAGAUUAAGACAGUUUGAUAACUAGAAUAAUGUCAGUUUCCUUUGGCAUAAGUUCAAUAAAACCUCAACCCUCUGCUGCAUAAUGUAUUCUAAUCCUUUUUUAUUCCAAAUGUAGACUUUCUUCUGAGAGACUACACACUAUUAGCUCAAGCUAUGCAGAUAUAUAUCCACCUCAGUGUCGAAAAGCAAGUCAGGCUAGAUGAGAGGAGAAAUCACGAGCAAAGAGAAAUGAUUGGUUCAAACUGACCAUGAAUCCACUGUUUGGUUUGUUUUUCUUCCUCAGCCGCCUCCAGCUGUUUUCCAGGUCAGACCGUUUUUUUAGUCGCUAGCCUUCAGAAACAGGAGCUUCGUGUUUUCAGACAAAUCUGAGUCCCAACUGUAUGUUAGGACUUCAGGGCCAGAAAUCUAAUGGGAGGGGGCUGACUGACACUUGACUGACGGGCAACCGAAACCUGUUUGAACCCAAACCGGAAAACUGUCUAAAACCAGACCAAGAAACAGUGAAGGAAACUGAAAACUGGCUGAAAUCCCAAUUAAAACCGACUCAAGCAGACAAACGUGAAAGCUGUUUGAAACCUGAAUGAAAACCGGCAAGUUCCAGAAUAAAACGUACUAAACCGGGCUAAAGAUUGGCUGAACUUAAACUAUAAAAGUGACCUGAAUUCAACCCAACCUGUUGGAAACCUGAGUGAAAGCCAGCUCAAACUUCACUAAAAAUUCUCUACAGUGAGAAUAAAACUCGUCUGAAAUCUUAAACUUGACUGAUAGUUUUUUGACACGUGUCUGAAAACGUCUGGGUGAAAACUGGCUGACUCACCCGUACCUGACUAAAGCUACGGUGGAAAUUUGCUGGAAGAGGCUGAAAGCUAAGACCUUGGUUGAGACGUGGCUGAUGGAGAAAAUUGUAGCUGCUGUACCUGAAGUGAGAUGUCCUCAUGAGUUUUGCUUCCACUCUGCACACUUUAACAUCCGUCCUAAAGUGUCCAAAACAUGGAGUCUGGCCACAGCGCCGUUGCAUCUAACAAUCACACUUGUUAGCAAAAACACAUGUUCUAUAUGAAGUCAUGCACCAAGGACUUCCUUGUACGUUGUCAUGAAAAGUGUUUGGACCUUUUCCUCACCUUUGUCCCUCGCCUGCUCUCUGCUCACCUGAUCUCUCAUCUGAAGGCCAAACACAGGUGUCGAGGAAAACCCUCCUUUCAAGAACUUUUAGCUUUUCAGUUUUACUGUUUAGCCUCUAAGGCUUCGAUUCUGAUGUUUGUCUUAAAGAGCGCCCACACUCAGGUUCCUGUAAAGUCUUAGACUGAGAAAAGGGUUAACUGUGAUUACUAAAGUAAAAAAAGAAAGAAAUGGAGCCGGAUGUUUGGCCUCUCUUCUGUCUUUGCUGGUAACCUCGGCUGUGCUCUCACGGAGCUGCAGCUAACACAUUUUCCAGAAGCUUUUCUUUUCAUGUGGCAGAGACAAAAGUGUGUUACAGACACUGCAGCUCAGCAUGACAGUGAGAAGCUGGGUUUCCUCAGGUCUGAGACCAUCUCACCAUGACCAUCAUCACCACUGCUUCCAACAGAGUUACUGCUGUCUCACCCCAGCAGCCAGUGGCAAUAUUUUUAGUUUUCUCCCUGUUUGGCCUCUCUUUCUUUCCCUGUUUUGCCCCAUCUCAAACCCCCACCCUGCCCUCCUCCUUCUUCUGUCCGUCCAUCCUCUCUUUGUUUUUUUCGGCGGCGGACACUCAGUGGGAGGCGCCAUGAAUGGCUACUGGAGUGACAGCCCGUGGUAGAAGAUCAGACGGCAGACGGGCAGCAGUGACAGAAAGGAUGCAGAAAAGUGCUGUGAAACUGAUGAGACUUGAUCUGUGCUCAGACCUGAAUCUACCUCUGCACUGAGAGGAACCACGUCACUCCAGAGGACACUUGGCUGUUUUUGUUUGCUGCUGACAGAGACACACUGAGAGAGGAGUGUUCCAAACGGAUUUUUCUUUCUUUUUUUUGUCACAUCUUUUCUUUUUCACUGGAGCAUUGUGCCAAAAUGUGUUUGAUUUGAUGUCCAACAUGAGGAUUGUUUGCUGUAAUGGGACCUAACGAGUGUUGGUGGAACUGACAAGUCCUCCGGUCACGCUCUUACCUGUAGCUCUCCCAGCAGAUUUACACUUCUUCUAUAAAGCGCCAAUUCAAAAACAUCAAAUGAAAUGAACUGUAAUCCAGCUCAACUGCACUUUAAGAAUGGCCAAAAACUUUCUUUUAAUUUAUUUUUGGGUCAAUUCUGUAAAAUGUGUCAUAUUUCCAAACAGCUGGGAAAAUCUUUGGGUAAGAGCUGCACUUUAGGGAAUGAUGGUUUAUGUUGGCGAUUAACCAGUUUCACCCACUCAGUUAGGUCAGUGCAAUGGUAGAAAGACUGCAAACACUAGCUAGCACCUGAUCAUAACCCCCCAAUCUUUUAAUAAGAGUGACGGCAAACUUUCACGUCACAGUUUUCUGCUCAUCCCUCACAUCCAAAGGAUGCUCAGCAUCAUUGGAUUCCUGGAGAUUAUCUCCGAGCGAUUUCGUUUCCUCAGAUUUGUGAUCCUAAAUUUGAGAUGGUCUCUCCAAAAACCACACAUCCAUGACUUCCUUCCUGAACCAUCCACACAUCCAUUUCAGAAGUGGCUGCUUUUCUCAUAACGAUGUACAUAGAUGUAAAGUUUGCUUUGUACAAGAAUCUGCAUGGGUCUCCAUUGCAAGCAAUAAUGAUUCUCAAACGAAUACUAAUGCCAGGAGGUUUGUUAUUUUCUUACUCUGUGUGGAGCCUAAUGAAUGUGUGUUCACAUGCUGACAUAUGCACUUGCAAAAGCAUGCAGGAGAAAAAAAAAUCUUCAUCUCUUUGAAUGUAAGAAGAGGUGAGAGGGGCUGACAUUAUGCAUGCCAAAUGCUACCAUGCUAUUGGUCGAAACUGAUCAAGUUAGGUACUGUACCAGGGAUGGGUGGGGCGGGGAAAGUUUAUUUUUCCAGGAGUGGGAGGGGCACUGUUUCUAAUAGGUCUUCUAUAGCUGCUUUCUUAUAGAUCUUCAGAUGCAGACACGGUUGUAGCAUUUUAUGUUUCCUCUCUUGCUUUUGCUUCCGAACUGAUCUGAAAGAUCAGCAUUUGUCAGAAAUAUGCAAACAGAAGCAGAAACUGUGAAUUCAUGUGCAGACAUGGAGCGAGAACUCUUGUGCGGUUGUCUGGACUCCUCCUUGGCCAUCCAGAGACUUCCUCCACCCGGAUCCCUGUCCUCGGUUUCACGCGUCUCCUCCUGCGUCACCCGUCCAUCUGUCCUGCUUUGUUUUGACUGAGAACAAAUGAAUAGUGAGUGCCUCAGCAGUGCAACAAGCAAAUAUUCAAUGCAAGCUCCGGCAGUGGCGGCGUUUCUGCUCUACCCCGAUGGUCGCAUUGACAACCAUUGUUGUCUCUCGGAUCGGAGCGGCAUCCUGCUGCUGUUGGUCCACAUUUCCUACCAGUCUAUUGUCUUCAAGAGCAAACGCAGAGUUUUUCUCGUCCAGGGCUCCAAAGAGCAGCUCUCCAGGGUUUACUUGACCUGAGUCAAGGUGUGGGCGGGGAUGGGGUGGUGGUGGUGGUGGGGGGCCUUUGGAUAAGAGUAAUUUUCAAUGAGCUGCAUUGAACUUAUUGCCGGAUCUUGCACUGUUGAGGAAUUAUUUGAAGAUUUUUGUUUUUGAAGCAAACUGUGGUUGAUGUUCUUCAGCUUCUGGGCCAUUCCUGCCGUUUUUCUGCUUCCCAUCCACUCACGACUCAGGUACCUCUUCCUCAGUGUUUCCUGCUGACCCCCCCCCCCAUGCUCCCCUGACUCAUGCUUUCUCACGAGGUCUGGAAAACGGAGACCCACCGGGGGAUGAAAAGCGGAGCCCUGAGCUUUUGUGGGUUCAUGUGUUUCACCAUCCUUCCAAAAUGCUGUUUUGCUUCUCAUGUUCAAAUGUGCGUCCGUGUCUUUUCCCAACAAUACUUCUACAUUUUCUGUAAGACCCCCCCCCCACCCCUCCACCCCACCCCCACUUCUCCACCCAGAAGCCUUUCAAAAACCAAAAAGUUCAAUUGGAGUACCUUUGCACGCAAGAGAAACUGGCCGAAGAGUGAACUUCCCCGAGGAGGAGGACAGGAGUAGACAUGAGAGUGGAUAAAGGAGGCUGGAUGGGGAGUUGUAGGUGGGGAGGACGGAUUAAAAAGCUGUGGUGGGAGAGGUCUGACGGCCGAGCUGCGUCAGAGGGAGGAGAUGGAGGAGGAGAAAGACAAGUGUGGUGAUGAGGAGGAGGAGGAGGAAAAGGAGGACAGAGAAAAAGAAAGAAGCAGAAAUCGCUUCUUCAUUGCUGAGUUUCUAACUCCACUUUGACAAUAAGAAGAGGGGGAGUGGAAAGUCACUGCCCCCCCCCACCCACCUUCAAGUUUUCAAAAAAGAGAGAGACAUAAAGCAGGAUGCGGUCUGAUCUUCAUCCAUCUGAAGCAUGUGGAGAAUUGGUUCACCUUCAUCACAGAAGAAGAGGGGCUUGAGGAAGCAGAGCCUCUGGGACAUCGGCUCGUUUCCCGCCGAGCGUUUCAUGGAUCCGACGCUCGUGGCAGAGCGGGAUCUGAACCGCAGCUCCUCCCACCCCAACACGUCAACCCAACACUCCAGCAGACUCCAAAGUUGCCUGAUCCGGGCUGCUUGAACCCAUCCAUGGAUGGAGCCAAACCAAAGACAGAAAAGUGGAUGGGAGUUAAGCUCUGGUCCUCCUCCCCCAGAUCCCCACGCCCCCUCCCUGUACAUCACCACACUGGACCGUCUUUAGCCACUUUGCAUGGCAUGAACAACACCAAUAAAACAAAAAAAUGUAGAAAAAGCGGCGGAUUCUCCUCACAGGAGCCAGAGGGUCGGACGAAGACCACAGUUUGUGUCCCCCCCCCCACAUGCCAUGAAACACGUGACAGAAUCCCUGCUCUCUCUGAAGGCCUGAACAGAGGCGGGGGGCCUGUUUCUCCCAAAACGAGGGUUACCUCGGAGCAUGUAGUGCUGUGGGAGGCGGGAGAGGCCCAAGACUUUUCCCAAGACACUCCAAAAAAAUAACAACAACAACAAAAAAUGAAUAAAAAUGAAGCAGGUGGUCGGGAAGGUGAGGAAGAAAUCUCUGCAUCGAUAUUUUAGGGACAAAAUAGACUCAUGGAGGUGUUGUUUACCAGCAUGAUUAUACUGCAUGACUUUUGCAAGCCACUCUGAUCUCCCCAUGAAAACAGGGCUACCAAGCGAAUUCACCUUUAAAAAGAUGCUGAGUGCAGCCGAGCAAAGUGUUGGUAAAAAAGGAAACCCCGUCAGUGUUGUGAGUUUUUAAGAGAACCCUCGUCACCACAGCAGAGGCAAAACGGUGGCUGCUUUGCUCCUGGCUGCUUCGUCUCCUCCUCCUCCUCCUCUUCUUCCUCGCAGACUUUUCCCGGAGCCCCUCCUGGACCUGCAUGAACGGCAGCUGAGUGUGUUUGUGUGUGCAGCGCCACCAUCUGGACCAGGCUUGCAGUGAUCUUCUGUCCGUUCUCUCCUACAUGGAUCUUUGGACGUCGGGAUGGAGGAGCAUAACUUUUACAGAAUCAUCCUCACAAUCAUCACACAGUUUUACUUUCCUGGUCUUUCAGAGUUCUUAGUUUGGUUGGGGGGGGGACUCCAUUAGACUUUGGAUAGGUAUUUCAAGCUUUUUAAAAUAAUUCUUUAUGAUUUUUUUAGUGUCCUGGAUGAUCAGAUGUUGUGUCUGGAAGCACGCGUCAUGCUCACUUUGCCAACCGUUCCUUCCAUACCCCAAAAUAUCUUUAAGUGUAUUUCUGUAGAAGGAGAAAUGGUCAUCUGAACAGGAGAGAAAUGAAGGGUUUGGAUGUGCCCUUUAAUGCAUCGCAGGAAAAACAUGAGCAGCUCCUUGAAAAACAAGUCAAUAUUUAAAUAAAUAUAUAUAUAUAUAUAUAUUUGAGCCAAAAAUCUGCCAAAUGAAAAAGAGAACAUAUCCUCAGUAUAUUUCAUAUUUCAAGAACAUAUUUGUGUCACUGCAGGAACUUUUUGGGGUCAAAAAAGUUCAGAUGAAAAUAUUCAACUCUAUCCCAUUUUUAAGAGCCCCUUUAUUUUUCUAAAUGCUAUUGUUAGGUAUGAGCUUUGUAAUGAGAAUAAUGUUUUCUUCCUUUAGUGGUUUACAAACUGAAACUUUGCUAAAAGCUUGUUAGCAGUUCUUACUCUGUAUGAGCAAAAGAAAUCUCUUCUAUAACUAAGAUUGUUCUGUUUUAGCGAAUCUGUCUCGAUGAGAUAGUUGAUGUUGAGAGACAGAAAAUGGGAUCUUCUCUGUUACUUUCUUAGGUUUCAGGUUUUCAGCAUUCAUGCAUUGUCUACUGUCAGUCCUAAAGGGGUUUCUUCUCUCAGAAACGGUGACGUUUCAUUUGGGACAAAGAAGUAGGAGACCCGAGAUCAACUGAUCUUUAAAACUCCAGCCUUCAGAGGUCUGUUUGGGUCACUUCAGAGGAGGGGCGGGGGGUUCCAGCCUGGUUGAACCGCUUAGUCAGAGUUGGGAUGUGCGGCUGAACCGGACCUCCAGAAUUCACCGCAGCUCCUCCGGUUUGGUCAGGGAAUCUGUCUGGUAAGGGGGGGAGGGCAAAUUUGGUUUGCACCCCUGAAGGUUUAGAACGUGUCAGACAAACUGAAGAGCAGCUGCAGUUGAGCUGCAGUACACUUCUCGGCCACAGGGGGGCAGGAGGUCUCCCAAGAGGUUAUUUUAAACACAACCAAGCAUCUCCUGAUGUUCUGCUUCCUGGAAUGACCUGCUAGAUGAAAGUCACCGAUAAAUUGCAUGUUUUGACAAAUCAGGACAUUUCAGAUUUAUUGAUCAGCCGCCAGAAUGUCUGCUAACACUACAAAAAUAUGCAGAACGAUUUGAGUUUUAGGAGAACACUGAGCCCCCAGCACCCCACCUUACAGCUGUGUUUUGAUUUGUUGGCCGAUUUCUGCUGCACUUUAGGAUUAACAAAAGGGUCGUGGCUUUGCAUGCUAUGGAGGUUUCUGAGGGGCGACUUUGUAAACGUACGCAGUAGCAUUUCCCCCACACGUCGCUGCGUUUGCAGGUCAAAGCUGUGUUGUUUUACCCUGAGCUCAUCAGUUCAGGUGGAGCGUAGAGGCAGAACAGCAGAUCGAUCUCAGGAAAACUCUGUGUGGACCGGCGGAGGCGGAACACAGAGAAGUUAGGAUGCUGCUGCUAAAACCUUCAGGACAUGCAGCUCCAAAUCUGCCCCACCUUACUUGAAACCUGCAGGUAGAAUAUCAGUGGAAACCACCGUCCACCCCCCCCAACAAUCUGUUUAGUGUUGAAAUGGUUCUGCACGCCACGAACUGGAGCGGUUCUCAACCAUGUCUUCCUUCUGCGGGAGCAGCAGCGCUUUCAUCAGCCUCUCAAAGACCUUUGUGUUGUUUCUGCGCCUCGUCGUCUUCCUUUCAGAACGGUCCUGUUGCUGAGCAUUCUGGGAGGAGUUUCUAUUUUAACACAUGCAAUUACAAUCACUCUGACCAUGAUAACGAUGCACUUAAAACCCUUUUGUAUACAAGCAUGCAGUCAACAUAAGAGAGCCUAUGCAAGCUGUGAAAAUUCAUGGUCUGCUGGAAGCAGCCGUCCUUAGCAGGGCUGGAGGGGUUCCCAUCCAUCCAUCCAUCCGUCCAUCCAUCAAUCUAUCCAUCCAUCCAUCCAUCUGUCCAUCCAUCCGUCUGUCUACUUCUUCACCAACCUCAGGACCAGCAGGUAAAUGGUCAAAGCGGUUAGGUGGUUGGUCAGUGAAAUUGAAGCGGUUGAAUAACAACCCAGAAUGCCUCACUCUCCCUGCACUCCAUCCUCUCCUCCUCCAUUCUCUCCAUCAGGGAUUUAAGAAGAAAGCCUUUCUUUUAUUUAUUUAAUAAAUGUUUGUUUUCUUCUUUAUUGCAUGUUUUGGACACUUUUUUGUCACCGUCUCAUCUGAGGUCUUCCUCUGUUGGUGAGGAAUGCUCUUCAUCACCAAUGGGUCCAUUUUUAUUUUUUUUUUCCAAAUGUCUGAGUCCUCAGGGGUCACUUGUGGAUAUUUUAGAUUGGAAAAUACUCUCAGCCCCAUUUCACCUCACAUUUUCACUCAUAAGGUUUGCUUGUUUUCAUUAUGGCACGCCUUCCCUUCUCAUGUUGGGGUCCAAGUGGGUGGGUGGUGAGCAUAAGCAGGUCGGUGUUCACCAUGAAGAAGAAGAAGAUGAAGAAAAAAAAAAGAGACCAUGCUGAGAGGCCUCCUGCCAUGAAUGAAUGUGGCUUAUGCUAAACGAUGCUGGAAUUGAAUAAAAUGUCACAACUUCAGUGAGAAAACAAAAGAUAAACAUAAAAACAUGUAAAAUGUACUUUAUGGAAUGUCUAGCCUCUUAUUUACCUUUUUCUAUUUUUGAAACUUGGAAAAAAAAGGUGAAACAAAUAAAUUCUGCAGCUUUUGUGAAAAGAAAAAAAUGGGGGGAAAAAAGUUCUGCUGUAAGACCAUAUGAAAGUUUGACUGUGAAUGCUGAUUUACCCCCACCAACUACCCUUUCAACGAUAAGAUCAUAAAGAGAUGAAUAUCUUUAAAAAAAAUAGAACACUGAAG